GGGAAAGGUCCGACCUGUUGAAAGCGUCACGCCGACUCCCGUACCUGACAGGUCUAAGGCAUUCCCAACCUGCAGCCACCCCUGACACCAUCCAUUACGGUACCCAUCAACGCACCACCCGGAUCCAUGGUCCCAGCACUGACUGCCAUGUGCGUUAAAACGACGAAAGCGAAUGAUUUGCAUAGUACCCGAGUACACGUACGCCAACGCCAUCACGCAUGACAACUGUGCGCCCGGCCCACGACAAAAACCUUUGGGGCAAUUGCGGCGCGACGAGCCCAUGCAGGAACAGGCAAGCUGGAAUUGCAUUCUUGGCUGUUGCCCACAGGUGUCGGGGAGCGUUUCUCGAGGGCGCGCACGAACAGAGCUUGACAUACAGGUCUAGAUGAAAAAAUUGUCCAAGAAA